AUGGUUGUUUGUGGAUUUAUUGAGCGUGGUAGGGAAGUGUUUGAUUUUAUAUCUGAGAGAACUUUGAUUUCUUGUAAUUCAGUGAUCGAUGGCGUAAACAAAUCACUGCCUUAUUCCUCUGUGCACAACGGAUUUGUCGCAAUCGCAGUCUUUCAAAUGCAACCAGUACCCCCAGCAACGAUGACACCCGUACAAGAGGCUCCUUCACAAGGGCUCGACCCAGCAAUCAUAAACAGCUUGACAAUAAUAUUUGUGACUAAAAAUAUUGCUAUUGAUGUUAUCAUAAAAAACCGAGUGUUCAAUAUAUCCUAA